AUGGUUGCAAUGGCCCUAGUCUUGAGCAUCAACGCAUUACCAGGACCAGAGGAUGAAGAAGAACUACAAGAGGAUAAAGAAAUUUCAGCCAACAUCCUGACCGGAUCUGCUGAACAUGUUGGGAACAAUGGCAGCCAUGUCGUUAGUCGGUUUCUUGCUCAAAAGAGAAAGAUGCCAGCUAAGCGUUUGAACUGCAACAAGUUUCCCAGGAUAUGCUUUGCCAGGAGAAGUCCGGGGUCUCAUUGUUGCAAGAAGAAGUGUGUCGAUAUUUUGAAAGAGCAUCUCAACUGUGGGAGAUGUGGGAAUAAGUGCAAGUACAAUGAGACCUGCUGUAAUGGCAAAUGUGUGAACCCAUUUUUCAAUAGGUUGCAUUGUGGAGGCUGUAACAAAUCGGUGUGCUGGCAAUGGCAAGGGGAGUUUCUCUGCGUUUGGGCUCUGCUACUACGCUUAGGACAGGAGAGAUGGAAGUAG